UAUUAUGGAAACCGUGAAGCAGCCGCUCAGACGACAGUUUGUCAGGAGAAUCAUUAGAGGACAAAAUAGGUGGAGGAUGGAUUCUUCAUGCGCCGUCACUGUACGUUACUCACUCACUCUCUGUAUUGAGGUCAGGACAUUGUGGGAAUGUGGAGCAAAAGCAGGAGAUGGAUGUAUGGGGGGGGGAUCAUAACUGGGUCGGCGGAGGAACGCUGGUGGAGGAGUUGGUUUGUUUCAGCCGCUCAGCUCAGGCACAAUUAGAUUUUUUUUUUUUUCUGAAUGAGUGCACAGCAGAUUUACCCAGCAUGCAUCUGAAGCUGAGCCACAUCACCAGCCGGGGUGUUGAUGCCAGCUGAAAGUCGUGACAGCAGCUGGAGGGACUAAUCAGGUCGAUCAUUCAUGUCCCAACUCAGGAUGAGUAUUACAGCAACCUGUGAUGCUCCUAAAGCGAUGACCCAUCUUCAUCAUCGUCACUCCCCCCGUCACCAUGGUCGCCCAUCCCCUCGGUGACCAACCUGUCCGCCACCAAACCCCCCACCUCCCCUCUCGGCUCCCGUCCAAUCGGCCGCAGGAAUGCACGUGAUGGCCAGCGUCUCCUCGGCCAAUGAGAGGCAGGGUUUCUCCCUCCAAGAGGAGGGCGUGGCCGUCGCCGUGCCGACGUCUCCUCCUUCUCCUCCUUUGAGAUUUUCUGAUAUCGAAGGCAACCGGACAAAACCGCCUCCCCCUGCCCCCGCUCCCCCUCCCCCUCCUCCUCCUCCUCCUCCUCCUCCUCUUCUUCCUCCUCCUCCUCCGCCGCCUCUACUGCCCCUGAUUCCAGGGCUGGGAGACCCCGCAGGAGGAGGCCUGAGGAAGAAGAAGAGGGUGAGGAGCUUCUACUGGAAAACGAUACCUGAGGAGCAGGUGAAGGGGCGGCCCAACCUGUGGACUCAGAGCCCAGUGCAGCAGCAGUACCAGAUCGAUGUCCACACCAUCGAGGAGCUGUUUGGUCAGAACGACUGUCAAUCAAAGGACAAGGCCACGCCCACCAGGGGAGGGAGGAACAGGAGCUCGUUCAGAGAAACCAAAGAGGAGAUCUCCAUUCUGGACUCUAAGCGAGGGAUGAACAUCGGGAUUUUCCUCAAACAGUUCAAGAGGUCCAAUCAGACGAUAGUAGACGACAUUCGCCAAGGCAACAGUGAGUCUUAUGGGGCGGAGCCUCUGAGGGAGCUGCUGAAACUGCUGCCGGAGACAGAAGAGGUAAAGAAGCUGAAGUCGUACCGAGGCGACGUCUCGAAGCUCUCACUGGCCGAUUCCUUCGUGUACCUGCUGAUUCAGCUCCCCAGUUACCCCGUCCGUAUCGAGUCCAUGCUGCUGAAGGAGGAGUUUCCCGCGGCGUGCGAGGUCAUGAAGCGAGACAUUAGGAUCCUCCGCUCUGCCGCCACAGAGUUAAUGUGUUGUGAGGAGCUCCAUGCUGUUCUCCACCUGGUGCUGCAGGCUGGAAACAUCCUCAACGCUGGAGGUUACGCGGGAAACGCCGUGGGCUUCAAGCUGUCGUCCCUCUUGUCUCUGGCCGACACCAAGGCCAACAAACCGGGCAUGAACCUGCUGCACUUCGUCGCUCUGGAAGCUCAGAAGAAAGACGAGCGGCUGCUGGAGUUUCCUCUGAAGCUGAGUCACGUCCAGGCGGCAGCCAGAAUCUCCUUGGAAACGCUGGACGCUGAACUCAAGUGGCUGAUGUCUCGCACGCGCUCAGUAGAGGAGAACGUCCAGAGAGACACGGAGCUGCUGCAGCAACUGGACGGCUUCCUGCAGGCGGCGACCUCGUCUCUGUGUUCGCUGCGGGGGAGUCGGCAGCAGCUGAGGAAGGAAGGCAGCGAGCUGAUCGACUUCUUCUGUGAGGACAGAGACGCGUUCAGACUCGACGACUGCUUCGGCAUCUUUCACACCUUCUGCUCCAGGUUCAGCCACGCCGUCAAGGAGAACGUGGAGCGGGAGGCUAAGGAGGCCGCACGCCGCCGGCGCUUGCAGGAGCUGGAGGAGCAGAAGAGGCACUCCUGGGCCGGUGGCGAGGAGGUGUCUGGAAGCUUCAGGUUGCGCUGCAGCAGCGAGACGGACAUGUCAGCUGCCAUGUCACGACACGACGAGGCCGGGCUGCUGAUGGAGCUCCUGACCCCGAAGUCCCGCCCCCGCUCACCCCUAAACAACAGUGUUCUGGGGCGCUCAGGGAGUUUACGACGUUCCCGGAACUCUCCAUCCAGCUCGCCGUCUCUUGCUGCCGAGCGCGAGCUGAGCACGCUCCUAGGAAUGGCGGCCUCUGACCCCAAAGUCGGCCAGCAGAGAGGAGGAGGAGGAGCUCUUCGAUCGGCCUCGCCUAAACCUUCCCCUCAGACUCUGCCCCAAAGUCCAGGGGUCACCACAUGCAGCUUCCCCCAAAACCAGCAGCCUCAGUCGGGCGAGAUCGCACCACAAACCCCGUCGUCAGCUCCCGAGACAAACGCACAUCACACAACAACCACUUACCUCAGCUACGCUGCUCCCCAGACUCCAGCAGACGCCGUCGAUCCCACAAAGAAACCUACCUCUGAUUCACACCAGCAAUCUGACCACAACAACAACAACGGCGACGACCGACUCGGUUUUAGCAGCCGGACGAGGGAGGAACCGCCGAGGACGAAUAAAGCCGGUCGGGACGUUAGUGGACGAAUCACCUGCAGCGACGAGAGCUUCGACUGCGACGCGCCAGGCGGCAUGUCUGUGGUUUUAGAAACGUGCACGCUGGUGCCUGAGCUGAGGGUGUUUGACAAGGUCGCCACCUCGGCCGGUCGCGACGAAGGGCAUCACACCGGUCGCCACGAGGACGACGUGUUCAUCACGGAUCUGGAGGAAGAGGAAGAGGGAGUGGACGAAUCCCAGACUGGGAAUGUAGAAAAAUCUGAGGUGGGAAGAGACGAAGAGGAGGAGCCGGUGAUUGUCUGGUGUGUGACAGGUGUGUGUGAGGCGGCCGGCGAACUCGCACACACGGACAACACACAUGUACGGACUGAUAAGGAUCCGUGUCGGACUGACAAUCAGGGAGGAAACCAGCCAGCUUCCUCCGCCUCAGCCAACCACACGCCCACAGAACCUCAGCCAGCCAAUGAAAAGCCAGUGCCUGUACCCAUCAGCAGCCAACCAGUGCCUGUCUCCCGCUGUGACGACCCGUCACGGCAAGUCUCUUCCCCCAGGUGGCGCCCAGCAGAGCCUGCAUCAGCCAAUGGAGCGCCUGCUCUCACCACAGAUGCCUCAGAGGAAGGUAAGGAACCAGCCAAUCACAGGGAAGAAGCAGAGGGCUCCACCAAUGACACAAGAGAUGAGAAGACCCGCCCAGAACAAUCAACAAACGACAGGGGAAGAAGCAACGCUUCCACCAACAGAAAGGCGGAACCAGCAACUUUGUCCAAACCGUCCACCAGGAACACCUUAACCUCAAAAACCCGACCCACGGCGUCGAAACCCAACGCAACCACAAGCUCCGCCUCCACCGCUAACAAGUCCAGACCCGUCAGGACUCUCACCACCUCCGAGAACCAGGGCAUGAGGCGUGUUGUUCCCAUCUCCCGAACCAGCCGUCCCGAGAAGCCUCCUGCCCACCACCGGGGAUCCUCCAGCACCGCGGCGCCCGCCAGUCUGACCGUCUCCAACCCCAACAGCAGCGCCUCCCUCCGGCGUGGAGAGAGGCCCUCCACUGCUCCUUCCUCCCGACGAUCCAGCAUCCACAAAGACGCGAAAGACCAGAAGAUCUCAGGUCCUCAGAACCAGGACUUGCAGAGGAAGCCGUCCGUCCGAAAACCUGUAACCAAACCCAAACCCCAGCCGGAGGAGAAGAUGUGUCGCUCCACGCUGCGAGCGCUCUCUCAGGCCGGAGAAGGAGGUGGAGGAGGAGGCAGCAGCAUCAGUGCUCCUGCCACCCCUUUGCACAAAGCCGCUACCCCGUCAUCAUCGCCGCUUCCGGGUUUCGCCCGAAGCACCGCCUCCUUUUCUUUCAGACGGACCCACACCGCACUUCCUCCUCAUUCCCCCCACACUGGCUCAGACUCCUCCCAUAAACCCUCCCCCAAGACCACCUCCUCCUCCUCCUCCUCCUCCGUCGCCCCGCCCGGCAACUCGUCGCCUUUCACCCGAACAGGCUCAGUCAGAGUCUCCACCGCCUCCAGAUCUUCAGACCUCCUCAACCCGUCCUCCUCCUCCUCCUCCCCGUUGAGGAGGUCUCAGAGCAUCAGGGCGUCUCCUCGCUCCCCCCUCCACGACUCGCUGGCUCCUCCUAAAGGCCACCGGCUGAGCGACAGCGGCAGCUUCUCCGACAAGUCGUCUCACUCCAGAGACUCGGUCAAGGCCGCGAGGCCGAGCUGGAGAUAACAGGAGAGAUCGACGGCCGCGUUCCAACAUGAACUCUGUGCAGAACCUUCCCCUCUGUACUGGGGGUAGAAGGCAGUGGACACAUUCCAAUAUGAAGUGGAGGCUCUAAUUCAUAGAGGAAGAAAGAUGCGUUCCUCGGCACAACUCUCAAGUUUAGGAGGAGAAACAAAGGAGGUCACAUUCCAAUAUGAAGCACAGACAGUUUCCUUUUCUCUGAAGGUUGAGAGGCUUCGUUAAAGUAUGAAGAUUAAUUUAAUUUGUCUUUUUUUGAAGGCACUAAAAUAUGAAGAAUAAACCUUCCCCGGCGUUUUUCUAUUAAACACUGUUGAUCUAAGUGAUAAUUACAAAGUGCAUUCCAAUAUGAAAUAUAUUAAGGAUACACUCUGGUCCUCAGGUAAGCUGCAGAUGCUCGUCCACGCAUCCCUGCAAAAAUAUUUGGCGUUAGAGGCUCGUUGAUGUGACGCAGGGAUGCUAACGCUAACACACUACCCAGCUGGGAACAUGCUAGCAGCGUCAGUCAGUCACAACUUUUCUAUUUUGGCAUUUAAUUAAUCGAGUUGUGCAUCAUUUCCUGCCAUUUAUUCAAAUAUCGCAUAACCAUCCUCUUUUGUUUGAUGGUGAUGGUGCAACAGUUGGAAUUGAUUAGAUUAGAUUAACUUUAUUAAUCCCACAACUGGGAAAUUCAUUUAGUUUAUAAUUAAUUUUGACAUUUCAGAACUUACUUGGAAAGAAGUGGGAACUGUUUGAAAUACAGCAGGUGUUCUUGGCGCGGCAGGUACAGGCUACUUUUCCUUCUGUUCUCAGUCAUGCAGCGUUUUCUUCUCUACAGGCAGAGACUCCAUGUGCCACAACCAGGUGUUUGUCUUCAGCAUUGUGAUAUCUAGAAGCCGACAGCCUCAGGUGUCGUCGCACCCGUUGAAUACACAGACUUCCUAAAGUCAAAGACGUCUUCUUCCAGUUUGUAUCAUGGACACGUUUACUGAAACAAUUCAUCGACGAAACAGAUUAUUAUUGAUUAUGACCAAUUAUCACACACGUAACAUUUAUAACCCCAGAUUUCUGCGGUUGCUAACUCUUAUUUUGAAGCCAGACAAAGGGAUCAGACCCUAAUAUGAAGUUCACACACGUUACGCAGCCUUCGAACGAGCUCCAGUGAAGCUCCUGUGAAGCUUUCAGACACUAUCCAUUCAGAGCUUUGUUUUCCUGUAAGCUUUGUUCCAAAAUAAAGUUCAGCAAGAGUCUCCCGUGUUAAACCUCUGGAGCUCAGCGACAGUUUUCCAGACAUCACAAAGCUUUUUAUAAAUCGUGUCCCAGAGAAAAUAAAGCAUGAAGAAUAAGUUGUAGCCUCCCGAGGUUCAAGCAUGAACCGUCACAUGCAUGGACUCCCUGGGCCUUCUGAGCGCUGCCACAUCAGUAGUUUACAUGUGAAGGAAAUAAAUGUAUGCAUCCAUGAAUGUGUAAUGAGAUUUAAAGAAUAACUACCCCGUCUUCUCUGCAGUGUUUAUGGUAAGUGACGUGACUGAAUCCCAGCCGGGUGUUUCCUGUUUCCUCUUAAAUUCCUCUUUGAUUCUGCACCUUUAACUUCACUAACCAAGCUGAGGAAUCUGUACAUCUGGCCUGAUUGAAAUAGGAAUUAUAUCAUUAUUAUGAUUAUCAUUGUAUUUAAAAAAAAAAUUAAAAAUGCUAAAUCACUGAGAAUCAUAUAGUUUAAAAACAGAGUGAAUAGUUUAGACGAGGAGAUAUUUAAAGUGUCUCUGAUUCAAACCAACAGUGUCUGACUCACUGGGAAAAGUCUGCGGUGCCAACUUUGUUAAUAUGAGGAUAUUUGUAUGUUUGUGUAUCUAUUUAUGUAUGUAUGUAGUUAAUAUUUGAUAUAUAUAAUCUAACUACUAAUUAAUAAAGUAUUAUUCCUCCAACUCAC